AUGAGUUUAAUGGUUAAUAACCAUCCUCAAUUCCAUUCGAUGGAAUUAAAUCCAGCAUAUAAUGGAAUGAUUAAUGGCCAAAACCAAAUUCCACAUCCAUAUUUAUCACAACAACAUCAACAACAAUUAGGUCAUGCUGUUGUUCCACAUCUACCACAUAUAGCGCCAUCAGGACAUCUAUUGAGGAAUGUUCCUGACUACCAGCCUGGCACCGGAGCACAGUCUUCAACUGCAUCACCGUCAUCCAGCAGCAAUAUAACAACAUCAUCACCCAUUCCCAAUAAUAUUUCCAUUAAUAAUAGUCCUGUGAAUCAAUCUAACUCCAGUCCAUCUGCAAUGCAAUCAAGCAAUAAACGUAUAUCGAUUACACAACAAACCUGUUUGGUCGAGGAGAAAUUCUCAAAGAACGGUGUCCAAAAGAAUGUUCAUGUAGUCGUCAAAAACAAUCCAUUCCUCCUCACUCUAACGUUGCUUGACAACUCACUGAAUUUCCAUCAACUCUCGCCCGAGGUACAUCUAGUGUAUGACUCUGAGAAUUUGAAAGAAGUCGACUCUGCAACCAUGAAGCCACUCGAAUACAAGACCAGAGCCAACGAAGAAGGUGACCAACUGACUGUUGAACUUAGAAUAAAAGUACUCUCAUCGCAGCUUGAAGAUAUGCUGUUCCGUGCGCGUGUAAGAAUAGUAGAUCCACGAACCAGAAAGGAGAUCGCUGGUCUGGCAGUUGUCACUCAUCCCAUCAGAGUUGUCUCCAAGCCCGACCAAGUAAAGAAGAAAGCCAAGAAGAGAAAGAGAGCACCAACCGACUCACUCAUGGAUACACUCAAUCGAAUUGAACACCAACAAAAGGAGCAACAAAGACUGCUCAAGAAACUCUGCUAUUUCGACAAGGAGAACAAUCUCGGUGCGCUUCUCGCCGCCAACAACUCCAGUGUCAACAGUCUGCUCGUUCCCAAUGCCGACUCGCCAAAGAUUGUCGAUCACGAAGGAAAGAUCAUCGAGACAAACUGCUCGGACAACGGAUCGGAAGACGAAUCCGGUGGUGCCAAACAACAGGGUGUCGCCGACAAAGACGACUUCCAGAAGGCAUUCAAAGAGUUUAUUUGUGCUUUCAAACAGCUGCAGUGUCUUGAUCCCGACGGUGCCGACAGUGCAUUCAAGAUCAACACCUGUGCCAACGAUGCACAGACCAUGUGUGAGAUACUCGAACUUGUCAAAAUGGAAAUGAAGAAAGAUGAGCAAAUCAAAGACAAGUGUGGCAUCUCAGAGUCGAUCGGCGGUGAAUCACUUUGUUCUUGUCGUAUCUGCCCGUACAAAGUCAAGGUCGAUCACAUCAACCAAUCCUACGAGAAUUACUUUAAUAUGUUUGGAGCUGCCGGUGCUGCCGCUGCCGUUGCCGCUCAGAAUCAAAUGGUUGUACCACAACUUGAAUACUCAUUAGAUGGCACAACUCAACAGCAACAACAACAAGUACAACAGCAACAACAACAACAAGCAGCAUUACAACAACAACAAGUAUUACAACAGCAACAACAACAACAACAACAACAAGCAUUACAACAACAAUAUCUACAACAACAACAAUUGCAACAACAAUAUCAAUAUCAUCAACAAUUACAACAACAACAAAUUCAACAUCUUCAACAGAUGCAACCUGCUACAAUAGAACAACAAAUAUAUCUCCAACACAUUCAGCAACAACACCAAAUGAUGUUACAUCAACAACAACAAAGAUUACUCCAACAACAACAACAACAACAACAACAUCAACAAACAGACCAACAACUUACAAAUAACUUUGUCGAUUUUAACAAUGGUUUAAUGAACUUCCAAGUAGGUCUAUUUAAUGACUUGGGAUUCUCGGCUGUUUAA